AUGGCAGACAUGCAAGAGGUUUUGGAGAGGCAAGAGCGAGAAAGGAGAGAAAGAAUGCGUCGACGAGCUGCAAGCAAAAUGGCACAGAGAGAACUAGAUGAGCAACUUGGCAUGGCCGUUGCUUUGCUGGAGGAAGAAAACCAGAGCCGCUGUGGUUCACGAGAAAGCCGUGCCCUGAAUGUGGACAGACGUAGACAUUCUCGGGGUAAGAAUCUCCUGGAAGAUUAUUUUAUCCCACAUUCUCUAUACUCUGAUGUUCAUUUUCGAGCGAGAUAUAGAAUACCUCAUUUGUUCAAUAAAGUCAUGCAUGAUAUUUGUAAUUAUGAUGAAUACUUUGUUCAAAAGAAAAAUUGUGCUGGAAAUUUGGGGCUUCUUCCCGAGCAAAAGUUCACAACUGUGAUACGAAUGUUGGCGUAUGGGUCAUCUGCUAAUCAGGUGGAUGAGAUUGCCUGGAUGGGGAAGUCCACUAUUUUGGAGAGCUUGGUGCGAUUUUGUUAUGCAGUGGAAAAUCUGUACACUAGGGACUACCUGUGCAGACUUACGCCCAGGGACCUACAACGGCUUCUACAAAAAGCUGAGUCUCGUGGAUUUCUUGGAAUGAUUGGGGAUUAUGGCAAUUGGAAAGGGCAGAAAAGCAUCAUCCUCGAAGCAGUUGCUGGUUUUGAUACAUGGGUUUGGCACGCCUUCUUUGGAGUUGCCGGCUCUCAAAACGAUUUGAACGUCCUGUGUCAAUCCCUGGUGUUCAAUGAUAUUUUGAGAGAGGGGUACAUAAAAGAUGUGGAGAGGUGUUUCGCUAUCCUUCAUGCCCGGUGGGCUAUUAUCAGGAGUGCGGCGUGUCUAUUUGACGAGGAGGUGCUUAGGAGUAUAAUGAUGACUUGUAUCAUCCUCCACAACAUGAUUGUGGAAGAUGAGUAUGAUUAUGAUGCUGAUGAAGUGUAUGAACCAGAUCCCAUGAACACGGCCUUAACACGAAUUUAUGAAAAACCCAUGGGGCCAAAUGGAGAACCAGUGUAG